AUGGAUCAAUCAGAACAUGAAGCCAAAGAAAUGCUCAAGCCUUAUUUACAACAAUUAGCUUAAUUGGAGGAGGCUGAUAAAUUGAAGUAAGCGUAGAUAACUGCCUUGCGUUUGGCUAUCGAAUAAUUAAAGUAAUAAGCAUUGGAUCAUCAGAAGAAAUAUGAGGAGGAAUAAAAGAAGGAAGGUACUAAUGUGAAUGAUUAAUAUCUUUAGCAAGGAAGAAGGCAGUGGUUAAGAAAUGA